UGCUUCCGGUGGCGAAAGAAGGCGCUUCGAGUCGCGGGGGUCCGGUCCGAGCGCGGCGGCGAUGGCGGAACCUUCCGCGUCCUGCUCCGCCGCUGCGCCGGGUGGUGGCGGCGGCGGCGGCUCUUCUUCUCCCUCUGCCCAGGCCGCGGGGAGGGAAGGGCGCGGGUGGAGCGAAGCCCAGUUCCGUCCGUACACCUUCGAGACGCGGCCCAUCCCGAGGCUGCGCCACGGAGACCCGCGCGCCGAAGAGCUCAUCGAGAACGAGGAGCCAGUGGUACUGACAGAUACAAAUUUGGUAUAUACUGCCCUAAAAUGGGACGUGGACUACCUCCAGGAAAACAUUGGGAAUGGGGACUUUUCAGUAUAUAGAGCCACUACUCACAAGUUCCUGUAUUAUGACGAGAAGAAAAUUGCAAAUGUUAAGAAUUUCAAGCCCAAGUCAAGCAGAGAAGAGAUGAAAUUCAGUACCUUCGUUGAGCAGCUACAGGACAUCCAACAACAGGGUAGUGGAGAAAGGUUGUAUCUGCAGCAGACCCUAAAUGACACAGUUGGGAGGAAAAUUGUUGUGGAUUUCCUAGGCUUUAAUUGGAACUGGAUUAACAGGCAGCAGGCAAAGCGAGGCUGGGGCCAGCUGACAUCCAACUUAUUGCUCAUUGGCAUGGAAGGGAAUGUGACUCCAGCGCAUUACGAUGAACAGCAGAAUUUCUUUGCUCAGAUUAAGGGAUACAAGCGAUGUAUCUUGUUCUCCCCCGACCAGUUUGAGUGCCUCUAUCCCUAUCCUGUGCACCACCCAUGUGACCGGCAGAGCCAGGUUGACUUCGACAAUCCUGACUACGAGAGGUUUCCCAAUUUUCAGAAUGUGGUUGGCUAUGAGACUGUUGUGGGCCCAGGGGAUGUGCUUUAUAUCCCCAUGUACUGGUGGCAUCAUAUUGAGUCUCUACUGAAUGGGGGAAUUACCAUCACUGUGAACUUCUGGUACAAGGGUGCCCCAACUCCCAAAAGGAUUGAGUAUCCCUUAAAGGCUCAUCAGAAAGUAGCUAUAAUGAGGAACAUAGAGAAAAUGCUGGGUGAGGCCCUUGGAAACCCGCAAGAGGUGGGUCCCCUGUUGAAUAUGAUGAUUAAAGGGCGGUAUGACUAACUGGCCUCCACAACAAUGGAUGAUGAAGCUGCUUAACAGAUAUGUGGAAGAUUCCAAGCGCUAGUAUUGCACGCAGCACUUAAAGACUGAGGGGCUCCUGGCCCAGCUCUUCUCCACUCUGCACCGAUUUAGGGAAUGACUGUCACCAUAACAUUUUCCAUUCACAACCCCCCCCCCUUUUCAGUUUCUUGGAACCUUUCAGAAGUAUUCACACUUCUCUGUGGUUCCUUUUUGUCAGACUACAGAGCUUGAUGUUUGGUACCUGCCUGAUCCAUUUGAGAAGGGAGUAGAUCUUAGAUUCUUGGGUUCAUUCCUCAGCUGGGAAUCUGAUGGGGAGGAUGUGGAAACACAAAGCCCAAGUAUGGAAGUGAGACUCUUGGGCCAGGUGAUACUCUGGUUGCUUUUUUGUUCAGACUGUAGAAGCAAGAGCAUCUCUGUAGUCGUCUGCGUGAAAGAAGUAACUAGAAAAAAAAUCAUUUUCAUAUUCGCUCUGUGUCCAUUAGAAACUCAGCUGGAAAAAACAUCCACCUGCAAGUGACAUCAUUGUAUCUGUUAGGAUUUAUUUUGUUAAAAGCAGCCUUCUGAUUGAUGGCACAACUUCUCAGUUUAAACCACAUUAAACCACAAGUGAAUCGGCAGGUAGGGAUGGAGAUACUAUGGUCUUCAAGCCCAUUGUGUCAGAUUAGGGGGGAAAGGGUAUCUUCAUUCUGGUAGAAAACCAGGCAAAAAUUCUCCUGUGCAUCAUUCCCCUUUUUGCCACUCAGGACAGUUCCUUGGACAAACUCCAGUGAGUGCUCUUGGU